UGGUCACCAACCAGUGGAGAGUCUUCACUGUGGAUCCCAGUAAAGCUCUGAGCCAGAUACACACACGCACACACACAGACACACACUCACACACAGAGUCAUGUGAUUUCCAGUAACUGCCGAGCGGAGGAGGAGUCUCCAGUGAAAGUGAAAGUGUUCAGACUCGUUCUAACUACGAGGAGCAGACGUGAAGUCUGAGGCUGAUAAAGAUUGAAACUGAAGAGCAGCGCGGCCUGAACCACAACUGAGCCGCAGCCGGCCCGGUGCAACAUGGGCGCGGACAAUUCAAAGCAAGUUGGACCCUCACACACAAAAGGUCAGGACCAGAGACUGAGAGCAGAGUCACCAGGUUCCAGCUGUCUGUCUCUGAAGAGUGACUGGUCCAUGGAUCCUCCUCUACACUUCAGUAAAGAACCUGGACCCUCACCCACAGAAGGUCAGGACCAGAGACUGAGAGCAGAGUCUCCAGGGUCCAGCUGUCUGUCUCUGAAGAGUGACUGGUCCAUGCAUCAGCCUCUACUCUUCAGUAAUGAACCUGGACCCUCACACACAGAGGAGAGGAAGAGGAGUCAUGUUUCUGAGGAGGAGCAGUCGUCCUGCUGUGCUUCGUGUCAGGACGUCCUGAAGGAUCCAGUCUCCACCAGCUGUGGACACUGGUUCUGCAGACAGUGCAUCACCUCAUACUGGGACCAGUCUGGUUCUUCAGGAGACUCCUCCUGUCCCCAGUGUGGACAAAGAUCCAGAACAGGAGCUGGAGCUCAGACAGCCGAUCGUGGUCUGCAGGAGGUUUUAGAUGAACAUAAGCCCAGUCUGGGGAGGAGAUGUGAACAUGUGACUGAAGGAAGUGAUGCAACAGGAAGUAGAACCCUCCUCAACAGGAUCUACACUGAGCUCUACAUCACAGAGGGACAGAGUGAAGAGGUUAAUACUCAACAUGAGGUGAGGCAGCUUGAGACGGCUUCCAAGAUGAAGAUCCUCCACGACACUCCCAUCAAGUCACUGUGA